AUGGCCGCGCGUCAGCAGCAGCAGCUGCAGCAGCAGCAGGCGCUGCAGCACCUGUCCGAGCAGCAGCAGCAGCAACUGCAGCAGCAAGAACACCAGCAGCAGCAGCAACUGCAGCAGCAAGAACACCAGCAGCAGCAGCAACUGCAGCAGCAAGAACACCAGCAGCAGCAGCAACUGCAGCAGCAGCAAAACUGGGUCUCGCUGCUCUCCACCCAUGGGAGAAACAGCAGCAGCAGCAACAGCAGCAACUCAAAUCCACCAACGCCAGCAGCAGCAGCAGCAGCAGCAGCAGCAGCAGCAGCAGCAGCAGCAGCAGCAGCAGCAGCAGCAGC